AUGAUCAACGAUCACGCACGUAUCGCCAAAUGGCAGAACGACUUAGUGCCGCACAUCGUCGAUCGGCUAGCUCGUGAGAGCCCUGACGCCUCGUAUGGCGUGUGGCCAAUAGUGCCGGCCUCCUAUGAGGCCGGUCUUCGUACUGUCACCUACAAACAACUAGCAAAUGUGGUCAAUGGCUUGGCGUGGUGGCUUACUGAGCAACUCGGACCCGGGCAGAAUCACGAGGUCCUGACCUACAUUGGACCCAAUGAUGUGCGAGUUUCCGCUCUCGCGUUGGGUGCCAUUAAGGCAGGCUAUGCGUUAUUCCUUACAUCGCCAAGAAACUCCCCGGCGGCACAUCGCAAGCUGUUUGAUUCUCUCAAGUGUCAGGUCCUAAUUACACCGGAUCCGACACCUCCACCGGCGCUCCCAGCCAUCGAAGCUGUUAAGCCCCGUGUGCUUGCCGUCCCAAGUGUCGAGGAGCUUUUGGAGAAGUCUUACGCACACUUCCCUUUCGAAAAGACCUUUGAAGAAGCCCGAUGGGACCCAUUCUUAAUCAUACACACGUCGGGGAGCACUGGCUUACCGAAGCCUCUUAUUUGGACACAUUCGACAGCGAUACGGCAUUACAAUUUCACUAGUCGCGACCCUCCCGAAGGGGUGGUCUCGCUCGAGCGUCUCUACUAUGGCAAAAGAGUAAUAGCGACGUUGCCACCGUUUCAUGGAGCCGGUCUGGGACAAUAUUUUUUCAAUGCCAUACCUUUUGGUAUUGUUGCGAUUGCUCCAGCAGCUGCGGGCAUUGUAACUGGCCAGGGGUUUGUAGAUGCUUUAAAACAAACACCAGCCGACGUAGCGAUAUUGGUGCCAUCGGUAGUAGCUGAGUUGGGACAGGAUCCGGAACUUCUGGAUUACUGUGCGAAACACCUCGAAUUAAUCAUCUAUAUCGGAGGUGACUUACCGCAGGCUCUUGGCGACCGCGUUGCGGCAAAAGUGAAGCUCCGCUGCCAAUGGGGAGCUUCCGAGGUCGGUAUCCCACAGCAGCUAAUGCCAGCCGAGUUGGGGCCAUCGGACUGGCAUUACACACGCUUCCACUCAUGUACCGGUGCUGUGUUUGAUCAGGUUGCAGACAACACUUAUGAAUUGGUCAUCCGGCGUGACAAGGCACUCGCCGAAACGCAGCCAUGCUUCAGCAUCCGGGGUUUGGAUCAACUUGAGAAAGAAUAUCGCACUCGCGACCUAUUUGAGCGUCACCCCACACUUCCCGACUUAUGGCGCUGGCGCGCCCGCGCAGACGAUAUUGUUGUAUUCCUAAAUGGCGAGAAGACAAACCCUGUCUCCAUGGAGCAGCAUGUUGUGGAUAGCAACCCUGAGCUGAGCGGCGCUCUUGUACUUGGAUCCCAGAGGUUUCAAGCGGCUCUCCUAAUCGAGCCAGCUGUUCAGACUACCCCCUUAAGCACGGCUGAACAGGCUGCCUUGAUCGAGCAAAUUUGGCCUAGCGUUGAAGAAGCUAAUAGGGUAGCCCCUGCCCACGCGCGCGUUGAGAAGACUUUGAUCCUGGUCACAGAAGCCGGUCGACCGCUGAUUCGUGCUGGAAAGGGUACUAUACAGCGAGCAGCCAGUCUUGUUCAGUACGCUGCCGAAAUAGACAAGCUGUACGCAGAUGUAGACCUAACCCUGGAGGACGAUGACACGGAUGCGCCGUUGAAUGCAGAAAGCCAUGAUGCGGUCAAGUCCCUCAUAAGAGACACCAUUUCUAAAGCUAUAGGAUGGUCGGAUAUAGAUGACUCUACUGACUUCCUCAGUCACGGCAUGGACUCACUGCAGGCACUUCGCCUCACACGUGGCUUACGACGCGCUCUUCGUCGGCCCAAUGUUGCCUUGUCCACGGUAUAUCAGAAUCCCACAAUUUCCCGGCUGACUUCAGCGCUUCUGGAGGAAAGCAGUAAGGUCGCCGACCACGGCCUCAUGGAGUCUUUACUGUCCACAUACUGCGGACUAAUCCGGGAGAUCCCAGUACCCACUCCACCAGAGCCGAACAAAGAGGAAAAGACCGACGUUAUCCUUACAGGCUCUACCGGUACAUUAGGAACUUAUCUCCUGAGCUCAUUGCUUAAUAGGCCCGGAAUUGGACACAUCUUCUGUCUCAAUCGAAGUCAAGGUGGUGGACGUCAUGUCCAAAGCUUUCGCUUUGCGGCAACGGGGCUACCGACAGAUGGUCUUAAAGAUCGAGUUUCCUUCUUCCAGGCAGACCUAGCUCAUCCCAAGUUAGGACUCGACGAGGAAACAUACCAGACGUUGCGCGCCCGUGUCGGGCUUGUUAUUCACAAUGCUUGGCCAGUGAACUUCAAUUUGGGACUGGAAGCGUUCCGACCGCAACUAGCUGGUCUAGUAAACCUUUUCAAUCUUUCAGCCGUCGCUUCGCCGAGGACGAUGCAUGUUGUCUUCGUCUCAUCGGUCGGUGCCGUUGGUGGGUGGCCGGUGAACGCUGGGCCAGCGCCCGAGGCAGUGCUUGAAUCGCGCGACCCGACACUCGCCAACGGAUACUCGCGAAGCAAGUUCCUAUCCGAGAUUCUCUGCGAAACCGCCGCGCAACACCUAGGAAUCCCCGUAGCAGUCGCGCGAGUCGGCCAAGUAGCCGGCGCCGCUCGCAAGCCCGGUGUGUGGAACCGCUCUGAGUGGUUGCCAAGCCUCAUCAUAAGCUCCCUCAACCUUGGCUUCUUGCCAGACAACCUGGGCCCCCAAUUCUCCGAGGUGGAUUGGCUGCCGUCAGAUUUGCUAGCCGAUAUAAUUGUCGAUGUCGCAGACUAUCUCGGCUCUAAAGCACUAGAUACUUCUAGCGCCAGUGUGUUCAAUUUGCGUAACCCAAAAACGAUUGCUUGGGAGACAUUAAUACCAGCGGUUACAGAAGCUGCCCAAGAGAACCUAAAGAAGAGCCUUGAGAUAGUACCGCCGUCAACUUGGUUGGCCCAUCUACAAAAGGCUACAGCAGAUACAGAGAAGGGCGGUAAAGAUAAUAUGGCGAAAAUCGCAGCAUCUAAUCCGGCCAUCAAACUUCUGGAGUUCUACACAGAUGGAUUGUGGGCGGAAGACGCGGUUACGGCGAAACCGAUGGCGGUCGAGCGUGCUUCAGCGGCUAGUUCUACGCUUCGUGACAUGCCGCCUGUCGGGGUCCAGUGGAUGCGUAAAUGGGUUAAUGAAUGGAUUUCUGCGCAAGAACUUCUGUCGUAGUCCCGAUAUAUCAUACUUGGUAGCGCAUAUGAAUAUACCAUUUCUUGAGAAGAUAUAUCGGACCUGAUAGUUAUUAAUUACCUAGGUAGGCAAGCCCCAUACUUGUUGCGACUGUUGGUGAUCCUUUUGAUAAUAUUUCGUCGUCGCGUUAUCCAUACAGUAUAGAGCCAGCUCUCGAACUGUGGGGGAUUACAAUGAUCACCCACCGAGGGCUGCGAGGGUUAGAACGUUCGUGAUGAGGAUCACAACUACUGUCAAACUCGACACUUGGAUUC